AUGAGCAUUAUAGGAAUUGCCGGGAGUUCUGGGUCUGGGAAGUCCUCCGUGGCUGCCGAAAUCUUAAAAUCCCUGAAUCUCCCUGGAGCUGUCAUAUUGGUCAUGGACCAUUUUUAUAAAAGUCUUACCCCGCAGCAAAAUGCCAUAGCCCAUCGCGAUGAGUAUGAUUUCGACUCUCCCGACGCCAUCGAUUUCGAUAUUUUGGUCGAGACCUUGUACAAUUUGAAGUUAGGCCGAAAAGUCGAGAUACCGAUCUAUUCGUUCACAAAGCAUCAGCGAGAAGCGCAAACAGAUUCGCUUUACCCGCCCCCGGUACUUAUUCUAGAGGGAAUUUUGGCAUUCACCGACCUGAGAAUACUGGAGAUGUUGGAUCUCAAGAUAUUUGUCGAAGCGGAUAUGGAUGUCUGCCUUGGAAGAAGGAUCGCGCGGGACGUACAGGAACGAGGACGCACCAUUGAAAGUGUCUUGAAACAGUGGUUUAAGUUUGUCAAGCCGUCUUAUUCCCGAUAUGUGGAGCCCCAAAGACAGAUAUCAGGUUCGCAUAUAUCAUAUCACACAAUCAACAAGAUAUAUCUGGCUGACUUCGGAAAAGACAUUAUUAUUCCACGGGGAAUAGAGAACAAAACUGCCAUUGACAUGGUGGUGAAACAUAUUCAGCGCGCUCUCACUCAAGUUGCUCAGCACCCGAUCUCCGGGCAGAACGCCGAUCUUCGACGCCGGCUGUCCCAUUAA